UUGUGUUGUGGCUUGUCGAAUGAAAUCUUCAAGUUUGUUUUGUCUCAAAAAAUAUGGUAUUCAUUUUAUAAAUUUCAUAUAGCCAUGAGAUAAAUAAUCUACAAAAAUUCUCACAAAAACGAAAUGUAAUGUGAAUAACGUAAAAACAGAAUGAAAGUCAGGCUAGUUGCAUUAUAAAAAUGCGAAGUGAUACAUUCGGCUCAUAGUGGAUAUCACAGUGAAAUUUCAGCAAGGUUUUGUGAAGAGAACCAUUGGAUUUUAUCUUGGAAUUGUUACAUGUACGCAGCGGGAAUGACAAUAAUGGCAGUUUCUGUUGGAGAAAUAUGUGAGAACACGAAGCUGGCCAGAGAAAUGGCACUAAUGGGUAACUACGAAUCCGCGCUCGUGUAUUAUGAAGGGACUGUUCAGAUGAUCCAUAGGCUUUUGAUGACUAUAGCAGACCCCACACGCAAGUCCAAAUGGCAACUGGUCCAAAAGCAAAUGGCUCGUGAGUACGAACAACUCAAGGCGACGGUGGCAACGCUGCAGAUGUUCCAACACGAAGGGGAAAAAGCUAUUACGCCUCUAACAGGAAAUUACGAGGACUUCCCAACAAGAGAUCAGAUUUGGGGUCCGGCGCCGCACGAGCUCGAUCCUGACAUCUGGCCUCCGCCUCCAGAUCGAGACCCUAAUGCAUGGCCUCCCCCCACUAACGUUGAACACAAAGGUCCUCCAGUCAUGAAAUCAGCUCGCAACAACCCCAGAAACACACGAACAGACAAAAAGACGCCAAUCAACCAGCGGAAUGCCACCACGUCACAAAGAAAGAGCUCAGAUGUCAGAAAUCCCAAGUUAGCAGCAAGUAAAGCGCAUAGCGCUAAAACAAAAGACUCUAGUAACAAAGACCACGGCGGUGGUGGCGGCGGCAAGGAUAAACAAGACAGAGACAAUAACAACGGUGACACGGACGAUGAAAAGCACAAAGAAGAGGAGAGACGAUUCGAGCCGGCGUCACACGCUGAUGGGGACCUAGUCGACAUGCUUGAAAGGGACAUUGUACAAAAGAACCCAAAUAUAAGAUGGGAUGACAUUGCCGAUCUAGCGGAGGCCAAGAGGUUGUUAGAAGAAGCAGUAGUCUUACCAAUGUGGAUGCCAGAUUUUUUCAAAGGUAUCAGAAGACCAUGGAAGGGAGUGCUUAUGGUGGGUCCGCCCGGCACAGGCAAGACCAUGUUAGCGAAAGCUGUCGCCACAGAGUGCGGCACGACUUUUUUCAAUGUUUCCUCAUCCACUCUCACUUCCAAGUACCGCGGUGAAUCGGAGAAAUUAGUCCGGUUACUUUUUGAAAUGGCUCGGUUUUACGCGCCAAGCACAAUAUUCAUCGACGAGAUAGACUCGCUUUGCUCCCGACGCGGCUCCGACAGCGAACACGAAGCGUCGCGGCGUGUUAAGUCGGAAUUACUCGUGCAAAUGGAUGGCCUAGGCUCCGCAACCGAUGAACCUGCCAAGGUGGUAAUGGUAUUAGCAGCAACGAAUUUCCCGUGGGAUAUUGACGAAGCGCUACGACGAAGGCUCGAGAAGCGUAUAUACAUCCCACUGCCCACGCAGGAAGGCCGCGAAGCGCUGUUGCAUAUAAACCUGCGAGAAGUAAAAGUUGAUCCCGAAGUAGAUCUAAAACUUAUCGCCAGGAAAUUAGAUGGAUACUCAGGCGCCGACAUCACAAAUGUUUGUAGGGAUGCGUCUAUGAUGUCGAUGCGUCGUAAAAUAGCUGGUCUGAAGCCAGAACAGAUCAAGCAACUUGCCAAGGAAGAGCUGGACCUUCCGGUCACCAGACAGGACUUUAUGGAGGCCCUCGCAAAGUGCAAUAAAUCCGUCUCCAAAGGCGACAUACAGAAGUACUUGACGUGGAUGGACGAAUUCGGGUCCUCUUGAUUGUAAAGAUAGUUUCAAACAAAUAAAUACCCCACUUAGAGUUCUGCGCCCGACUAGUAAGUUAAAUGGUGUUUAACAGAAUUGAUAUUAUAUAUAUUUUGUCGUACCAUUUGUCAUAAUGGGUAUAUCAGGUCGACAUAUAGGUGUAUCACCCAAUGAAACUAAAAUAUAAAUACCUUACUUCACCUACCAUCCCACUGCUUCAAAAAUUUCUUCUUUCAUGUAUUCUCUAAUUGCGUUUCAGUAUGGUAUAUCUGGUACAAUUAAAACUAUAUAAAAAAUGAAAUAAAAUAAAUUAAGAAUAAACACAUGUGAGAAUAAGAAAUAUUUGCCUUAUAGACUAAUAUUGAAUAAGUAAUUGCAAAACAGUUCAGUAUUAACACAAAAAGUAUAAGUUUAAUAGUGGCAUAUCGAAAUUUAAUGUUAUAAUAAGUGAGAAUAUAAUACCAAUAAUUGAUUUGAUGUUUUAGGAUAUUAUUCUGUUUAAGAAAUAAAUAUGUAUAAAUCCGAUUUAAAAUACUAUUAUUAAUAUUAGCUUGGAGCAUUCGACACAGUUGGCGCGGAUUAUUUUUCCCCUCAGCUAAAGUGAAUUCUACAAUGGCAGAUAAUUUCAUUUUACUCAUGUAUAGAAUGCCAUAAAUUUAGGUUGAAGUUAAGUCGUAUAAUAUUGUAAAAUAUAAACGAAAGAUAUAUUACACACAUGUGGUAUUUCGGUUGACAAUUAGUUUACCAAAAAUGUUUUAAAUGUUUGUAUUAUCUAAAUAUAAGAAUUGCAGAUGAGAUCUAAUGUAAUUUCCAGUGUUGAAUGAUCUGAGACUGUUGGUAUUUUAGUGAUAAACUAUUUUUGCAAACAAUUCGAUGUUAGUGUUCUAUCACAGACACGGGCACAAUGUUCAAAUUAAAUUAAUAAUAAAUAGAGGACCCCGAUUCAGUAGUUUUAACAUCACAUUUGUCAGAACAUUUAUAUUGACUAAAAAAAGCCGUGAUCUUUGUACUUAAAUUAGGUUAUAUAAUGAGAUUUUUCAUUUAGAUAUAAUUUUAUGCCAUAACUAAUUUAUGUUCUUUUUAUAGUCUUUUAUAAUUAAAUGAAUUAAAUAUAUUUGUUAUUAUAUCGAAAAUAAUAUAUAUAUUUCAAAUAUGAUAUAGUUGCUCGCUCAAUUAAAAUUGUAAAGCAUAUUUUAGGUUUUUAUUUUCAGGAUCGCCUACAGUUCAUGCAAUGUGAGUUUAUUGAAAUUGAAAUUAAAUUACUGUUGAAUUUAUAUAUUGUGUUCUGGUGCUAGCAACGAAUAUGAUUCGCCUAAGAUAUAUAGUGCAAUAAUAUUUAUCUAAACAUGCUUGUUUACAAAUAUUAAGUUUUAUUUUGACAUUAUAUUAUUUUCUGAAUCUAUGAAAACCAGUGUCACUGUAUAAGGUUCCGUGAUAUGACUAAUUUCUAUAAUAUAUAUAGCUAUCACUUCCGAGCUAGUUACGUUGUACUAUCACGCCCAAGAAAAGUGUUUGAUUUGGUUACGGCAGCAAACUACGUUAUCAACUUUUCAUGGCCGUAUUCGGAUCAAUGUUAUCUUAUAUGUCAACGCCGAUAACGGACCACAGUCGUUGCACGUAGCACUAUUGGGGCUUUGAAUAUGAGUAAGAAUGUUUCUAGGGAUUAAAAUAAAAUAUAAUAACUCGGUGUGACCCCCUUACCCUUUACUGUAGUUUAGAUGUUAACUAUGGGGCUAUAGAUAGGUAUGUUGUCUGUUGUGAGCAGCCAUCUCAUAUCAAGUGAACUGUAGCGCAAUCCAGUGAAAUCAAUAUACCAUUUGACGAAGAUAAUAAGAAGAAUUCAGAUCCACCUCUGUGUAUUUAAAUUAAAUAUGCUUCAUAGAUUAAAGUAUAUUGUUAUAACAAUGAUCGUUUAUAAACUAAAACAGCAAUAAAUUAUUGUGUUCAUUUCAUACAUUACUAUCGAUUUUAAAUAUAAUUCAACGUUUAUUUCAGGGACAAUAUUUCAAAAAUUGGUAAAAAUAAAAUAUUUUUGCAACCUUGAUAAUAAUAACAA